CAAAAGUACUUAAAUGUAAUUUGUGCCCUUUCUCGUUUUUUGACGCAGCUCUUAGCGGCCAAGCUGUAUGCGGCUAAAAAAAUGUAUGAAAUAACCCGCCGUCUGUUAUCCGCCCGCUUUCCGUAACUAGAGGUGCGAGUGAGAUGAUGAUAGUUGUAGUGGCAAAUCAGGCAUGCAGCUAGCAGCUGCAACGCGUAUUCGGCCGUACUUCUAUUCAGUUAUUUUAUUAAUUUGUCGCGCUUGGUUGUGUUAGAAAAUGGAAAGGGCUAUGAGAUCUGUCGAUAAUGAGCAAUACGAAGAAAGUCAAGAAAAAACGAAAAUCAACCACAGGUUGGCAGAUAAUGAUAUCGUUGUGAAAAUACACUCCAUGAAAUUAAUUCGCUUAGUACGCGGCCAAGAGGUGCUUUAUAACAGUUUUGCGGAAGGCUACAACGACAAGAAUCAUAAAGAAAUAAUUUGGGAGAGGAUUUACAGAUCCUUGUUCCCAUACUAUGAUACAUACAAGCCCGAACAUCAGGAUGUUAUAAGAUUAAAUGUUCGCCGUCGUUGGAAAACAUUGCGCGAUUCCAUUUCGCGUGAAGUCAAAAAGAAUGCCACAGUCGAAAACUAUUCACGCAAGAAAGAGAGUCCAAUUAUAUCUGAACUAGAGUUCCUGAUACCUCACAUCAAAAGCGCGCAUUGCGCAAAAUUGGCUGAUGAGUUGGGGUUGCGGGAGUGUUACAGCAGCACCUUGCCGACUGAUUGUGAUACACAGGAUGAGGAUAGUGUGAACGAUCUGAUUGACUUAACAGCGGAAGAAUGUGAUAUUAAACCAUUUAUCAAGCAAGAUGGGUUCCAGUACGAUGAUUUGGAUACGUGGGAUGAUUCCUUUCCGCAUGAACCAUUUUCUCCGCAAGUAAACAUUGAAGCUCCAAAUGGGCACACUAACGACAUCGAUGUGCUACCAGCCCAAGAAGCAGAUGACUCGAUUCAAUCUACAUGGACUAAAGAAUUCUGCACGGUGGCACAGUACAAAGGAGGUGAAUUUAUUACGCCGAUAGAGCUAUGUGCGGAUCUAGAAACUGGAGAGCAUCAAGAGUCAGCGGAAAUGGAAAAUGAAAAAGAGAUGGUAACAGGAACAGAAAUAGAAAAAAAGGAAAGGGAAAGUCCAAGGGAGAUGUCUACGCCACCUAUACAUAUGAAUGAUACAACUCCCACCGAGCCUUCAAGUAAACGCCCGCGAUGCGAGCCAGAAGAUCUACAAGCUAGAAUUCUUCAAUUGCUUAGCAGUUUAGAGCAUCGCGAACGUAGUGACCAUGAAGCGCAAGAUGAAGAUCGAAUGUUUUUAUUGUCGCUUGUGUCCGAUUUGAAGCGUGUGCCUGCGUCAAAAAAAAUGUUAGUCAAAAUGGAAAUUGUAACGGCGAUUGCCAAAGCCAAUGAAUGCGCAUGAAAAUUAUAUUAUUUAGCUUAGGAAGUAUAUAGUACUAAGAAGUAGCAGAAUAGGGCGCAUAAGGUAAACGUGUCGAAAGCGUUUUGUACAUAAAACUUCUUGUAAAACCUAGCGCGGUGCUUUGAUUUUCGUUUCGUUUUAGAAAACUAAUACAAAGCAUCGCUAGAUCCAUCCAAAACAAUUAUUACAUACAUUUAACAGGCUAUGUUCGGCGUGGUUGGACAAUAAGAAGCGCAGUGUAUAGUUGAGUUGGUGUCCUUCUUUGAAUGAAACACAUACGUCGAGUACACAGAGAUCUGUACUGAUACUGGGCACUGAUGAGGGUUUAGCCUGUCACAGUUUACAAAAAGUUUUACGUUUGUAACGCGUACUUCGCGAGCUUCGAGCUCUUCGUCCGCAAUAGGUGACCGGUUGUUAUCGAUAAUGCCAUUUACGAGGCAAGGGCCGUUCAAAACUUCCCUUUAGACCUCAUUCCUAUACUCGUUUUUUAGCCCUCAUUCCGCUGCCGUUUGUUUACUUGCCAUUUGUUUCAGUGAGCUUGUCGUUGAGCUCACGAAGAAGCCGUGCGCGCUUUUAUUUUUUUGCUAUGCUUUUUUGACAGCAUUUUAAUUCAAUAUUAAAAGAGCUUGAUUAAUUAAAAGUUGCGGUUAUAAAUUAAAUUGCAUGACUGAUAUCCUAGAUUAUUGCACUGAACUUUAAACCAAAAAUGUUAAAAAAACGUUAAAGGUUAUUUAAACUUAAAGGUUAUUUACGCAUAUCCUGCGUGUAUUCUGUGCCGUAGAUUUCUUCUAAUUUCUAUUUAGCAAAAUUAAGAUACAUUUUUUUUUAAGUUGUUAUGAUUAGGGAUUUAAGGCUACACUUAAUAAAGCUUAAUAUAUGUUAAUUGGAUAAUUACUGUUUUUUGAAAUAAAUAUAAUCACAUUUUAGAAAUUUCAGAAAUGUCACAUACUUGCCUUCAGUA